AAACACAUUCACCCUCUAGCAAAUAAAAAAAAAAAGAAAAAAGCAAACAGAAAUGACUCGCUUGCGUAUUUGAAGUUAGUUGUAGAAACACAUGUGAAUCUUAAAAGAGCUAGUAUACUGUUAAAUAUUUUUAAUUUGGGAAAAGGAAAUAUAUCUUGGAAGACAUUACCAAAGAUUAAAAAUCAAGUGAACAUAAAACAUAACAGAUAUUUUGGAUGAAAAUGGAAUAUCUCUAACUUAAUAAGCCAGCCAGAAUCUGUAGGGGCUCAACACACCCAGUUGAUAAACAGGGAGACCUAGCGUGUUUGCUUAGCUGUGUGUAUAUAUGCUUAGCUAUCCCGAGGAAGCUGCAGAGUUAGAAAACUGACCACGUUACCAGAUGUGACUUCAUCGCAGAAUUUAUAUUCUGAAAAAGAAGUCCUUCUGAGUAAGGUUUGCAUGCUUGAUAUUUGGGCACAAUAUUGAUUGGGUGCAGAAAAAAUGGGGCAGAAAACUUCUCAGCCGUUGGCUCUGAACGACAGCAAAGAGGUUCUCAGUGUGUGUGAGGUGGUUAGUGAAGCAAUAAUCCACGCGGCUCAGAAACUGAAGGAGUAUCUUGGAUUUGAAUACCCUUUGAGUAAACUUCACCCUGCUGCAAAUACGCUAAAUGAGAUCUUCUUAAUCCACUUCAUCACUUUCUGCCAAGAAAAGGGAGUUGAUGAGUGGCUUACUACCACCAAGAUGACCAAGCACCAAGCCUCACUGUUCGGGGCGGACUGGGUUUGGACCUUCUGGGGAUCGGACAAGCAGAUACGGCUGCAGCUGGCUGUGCAGACUGUGCAGCUGCCCUCUCUUCCUCUUGUGGAAUCUACGCCUUGUGACCACUCCAAUCCAGAACCAACGGUAGAGGUCACUUCCUGGAAGAGAAGUCGAUUCGAUAAACUGGAAGAAUUCUGCGACUUGAUAGGAGAGGAUUGUCUGGGCCUGUUUUUCAUCUUUGGCGUGCCAGGGAAGCCUACAGACAUCAGAGGUGUUAUCCUGGACAGUGUCAAAAAUCAGGCAGUGAGGAGCCAGCUGCCUGGAGGGAAAGUGGUGGCGAAAUUUCUCCAGGAAACUGAAGACUGUGUCUCCAUCAGAGAGCUGCUUGGAAUCUGUCUAAGUAAGAAGGGUGGGCUGAGAGAGCUGGGCAAGGUUUACAUUAGCAUCCUCUGAACAGGAUACGCGAGGGUGACUGCCUGUGAGAUGGAGAGACGGCGUUUUUGUUUGUUCUGAUAAACUCAUUUACUUGCAUCAUUCCAGCAUGGGAUUUUAUUGUUUUCCUUUUAUUUUUUGCCUUUGAAAAUUAUUACCUGGGUCAAAGCAUAUUAUCAUUACAAUUUUUGAGAGGGGGAAAGAAAACCCCUUAACAUACCUAUUUUAGGAAAACGUAUAAUUUGAUCUAUCGCUCAUUUAUUCAAUAAUAAAAAUGGGCACAGAGGAUAAUAAAGUCAUGCUUAAUAUUUGAUUU